AUGGCAACGCUCAUCCCGAAUCUUUUCUCGUUUGUACAAAAAUUCAACGCCAAGUUCGACGAGAAAGCGUUUGAGAAGGAAACCGAGAAAAAUUUCAACUCUCAACAAAUCGCGGGUCUCAUUUUACAGUACAAGGCUCAAGCAAAGGACCUUUUGCACAACAAAGCCGAAGUGCUCAAAGUGGUGCAGUACAUCGAUUUGACGACUUUAGCUGGUGAUGACACGAAAGAUCGCGUCGAGGCGCUCACCGAUCGAGCACUCAAACCAAUCCCAUCAAACGCAUCAAUCCACUGUGGCGCCGUUUGUGUCUACCCGCAACGCGUUGCCGACGUCGCCAAGCACUUGAAAGCAAAUGGGAAAAAAUUAAACAUCGCAUCAGUCGCUGCCGGUUUCCCAUCUGGGCAAUAUCACCUCAAGUCAAAGGUGCUCGAGGUCGAGCUGACCGUUGCUGAUGGGGCAACGGAGAUCGACAUCGUGAUCAGCCGAGCCGCCGCACUGGGAGGCGAUUGGAAAACCGUAUACGAUGAAGUCCAUGCUUUGAAACAAGCUUGCGGGAAAGCGCACCUCAAAACGAUUCUGGCCACCGGCGAGUUGAAGACGCUGAGCAAUGUCUACAAGGCGAGCUGGGCGAGCAUUCUGGCUGGCUCCGAUUUCAUCAAGACAUCAACGGGAAAAGAGUCAGUGAAUGCCACUCUCGAGGUUGCCUAUGUGAUGUGCCAGGCGAUCAAGCGCUGGCACGAGUUGACCGGGGAAAAAGUCGGAUUCAAACCGGCUGGAGGGAUCAAGACGACCGAGGAAGCACUUGAAUAUGUGGCACUAAUCAAGGAGAUACUGGGCGACGAGUGGCUGAACCCGGAGCUGUUCCGCAUCGGCGCCAGCAGCCUUUUGGACGAUUGCCUCAAACAUUUG